UGGCUCAGUUCCAACCAUCCGUACUUGUGUACUACGUUGUUAAUCGGCAGCAUCUGCAGAAUCACCCCAUAUUUUGCGUCGAACAAUCGUAAUUUCUUGAUCCUCUGAUAUUGAUACGAUACUUUGAUAUUUUUAGAUCAUUCUUGUUAUUUCUAAAGUUGACGUAGACCAACACAGAUCGUCGUUAUGCCUGAUGUGAUAGCCCCAGUUCACAGUGCAACUGUAGACCCAACAGGCCAGAAGAACGGAGAAGCCGUUUCGAUCGAGGGAGAGAUCUCCGUCGCGAUUAACUCUCAGGAGCAUCUUAAUACGGAGAGUAAUGAUGCAGCUACCACUGCUGUGGCGAGUGUUGGUGAUGUGAGUGUUGCUGUUCAAGACGACGGCCAAAAGAAAGUCAGUGCUAUGGAGACCAGACGUCGUAUAAUGGCCAUCAGACCAGAUGCCCUCGUCCCAGCCACCAAGUUAUUUACAUCUAAUGGCCAGGAAGCUGUAAAAAUUAAGAUGACUGAAACAGGAGUGUCCUCGGCAAAGCCAGUCACAAUCAUGACCAGAUUUGCCGAAAUUGUGGAGAAGUACCCGGAUCAAUUAGCAGUCGCGGAGAAGAACAACGGACGAUGGGUAAAAUGGACGUACGGACAGUAUUACGACAGUGUCAUUAGGACCGCCAAGGGCUUCAUCAAGCUUGGACUUGAGCCAUGUCAUGCAGUGGGCAUUAUCGGGUUCAACUCUCCUGAAUGGUUCUUUUCCGACUUGGGAGCAAUAUUUGCUGGUGGCUAUGCUGCUGGCAUCUACACAACCAACACUCCCGAGGCCUGCCAUUACGUCGCUGACAAUUGCAAGGCGAACAUCAUUGUCGCCGAGAAUGACAUUCAACUUCAAAAGAUCUUAGCCAUCAAAGAGCGCCUUCCACACCUCAAGGCCAUCAUUCAAUAUAAGGGAAUCGUCAAGCCAGAGUCCAAGUUACCAUUUGUAUACACUUGGUCAGAAUUUAUUGAAAUGGCCGAAGAUGUCGACGACAGCCUUCUUGAAGAGCGCAUUCGUGCCCAGGCUCCCAACAAAUGUGCAACGCUCAUUUACACGUCUGGUACGACGGGCAAUCCCAAGGGAGUCAUGCUGAGUCAUGACAAUUUAACAUUCACUGCCAGGUCAUCGAUUACCACGCUGGGUCUGAACCGAGAAGUACUCGUCAGCUACCUCCCCCUAAGUCACGUCGCAGCACAGUUAAUCGACAUCUACUCUGCCAUUGAGUGUGCUGGCUCUGUUUACUUUGCUCGUGCAGAUGCACUCAAGGGAACUCUUGGAGAAACCCUGAGGGAGGUUCGACCAACUGGUUUCCUUGGUGUGCCGAGGGUAUGGGAGAAGAUGGCCGAGAUGAUGAAGGCUGCAGGGAAAAAUAUCAGUGGUUUUAAACGCAAGGUUGCCACAUGGGCAAAGGGAGUUGGACUAAAGGGGAACCUGGCCCUGAUAGAUGGUCGCAGGAAAAAGCGUGGACAGGUACCGUUCGGUUGGACGGUUGCAAAUGCCAUGGUCUUCAAAAAAGCACGGAAAGCACUUGGUUUGGAUCGUUGCAAAUUCAUGUACAGUGGCGCCGCACCAAUCGCAAAGGAAACAGUGGAAUACUUCUUAUCCCUUAAUCUCCCCCUCCUGGAAGGCUAUGGAAUGAGCGAAAGCACAGGACCUCACACAGCCUGCUUACCUGGAGCAAAUCGCAUUGCUAGUUGUGGACGUGACAUGGUCGGUUUUACCACUUCAUUGGCGGAUGCUGACAAGGAUGGAAACGGAGAGAUCUGUAUGUCUGGCCGCCAUGUUUUCAUGGGUUACUUGAACAUGGAAGAAAAGACAAAGGAGACCUUAGAUGAGAUGGGCCGUCUGCACACUGGCGAUGUCGGCAAGAAAGAUAAAGAUGGUUUCUUAUUCAUUACUGGAAGAAUCAAAGAACUGAUUAUCACUGCGGGCGGGGAAAAUAUCGCUCCCGUCUUAAUCGAAGAUGUUGUAAAGGAGGAGCUGCCCAUUAUUGGAAAUUGUAUGUUGGUCGGCGACAAGAAGAAGUUCUUAUCAAUCUUAUUGUGUGUGAGGACCGAGGUUGAUGGGGACGCCUAUCCUACAAAUAAACUCACAGCAGCCGCUGUUGAUUGGUGCAGAUCUGUCGGAAGCUCGGCAACUAGGUUGCAAGACAUCGUCGAGGAAAAAGACGCGAAAGUUUUGGAGGCGAUACAGAAGGGCGUUGACCGAGCCAACAAGAAAGCGAUCUCAAAUGCUCAGAAGAUCCAGAAGUGGUCUAUUCUACCGAAAGAUUUCUCCACACCUGGUGGUGAAUUGGGACCAACCUUGAAGCUGAAAAGACCUGUGGUUAACAAGAUGUAUACUGACACGAUUGAAGCAUUCUAUGCGUGAUUAUAAAACACAUUCCAAAGGACUAAAUAUUUGCCAAUGUGGUGGUUCAACUUUGCUAAACGUCUCAAAUCUGGUUUGAAAAGCCGUAACUCGGAUAUACCUCAGGUUCUAUUCAGAGGUUUGAGAAGAGUGACGUUCAGCUGGCUGAGAUAUGCGUCAUUCUUCCAAGCCUUCUACUGCGAAGCGAGAAUAACUGGGUGUUUCUGCAGAAUACUUCCAUUGCAAUGAUCCAGAUCGCUACCUUGCCACUCAACAGGUUUUGAAUACAUUGAAAUGCCUGGAUGAGGAAACGAGAAUACAAGGCUAGAGUCUAGUCACAAAAAAGAUGUUCGUUUUGGGAAAUAUUUAUCAAAAGUAUAAUCAGUAAUGUUUACAGCAGAUGUAAUUGUGUUUCCAUGUGAAAUUUACAUAUGGCAUCUUUUGGUAAAUUCAUUUGAUAACCAUUAUAAAGUUUUCCUUCCAACAUGCUUAAAAAUCAGUAUCCUUCCAAAGUGUUACAUAUUAUGCAUGUAUAAUUCAGAGACUGAAGGUCAUUUGCCAUCAAGCUUUCGUUUUGUAAACAGGCCAGAAUGUGAUAAGUCAAUUUUUGCAUCAAGCGUACAGCUGAUUUGGUCCAGAUUUAUAUGAUAUGUCUAUUGUAAUCAUCUGUGUGUAUAUCUCCAAGAUGUCUGCCUAAAAUCAUCAUGUCUUCAGAAUCUAUUGCACUGUUGUCGAUUUGUAGGUGGUAUAGAACCUUGGUACUUCCAGAGUAACAUGUUUUCUAUCAAUUUUGUGUGAACGUGCCUUCUGCUGGUCCAUGUCAGGUAUUUCAGUGUAAGUGACCAUGUUGUAAAUCUACACCCAUUUUUAUGGCUUCAUUGUAAUUUAUAUUCAGUUUUCUGGUUCUUGGAGUUCAAGUGAAAUUGUAACACACUCCUACCAUGUGAGACAGUCACUGCACACAUCUACCAUGCGUGACUGCAUGAAUCUACUCUGCGUGACAGCACGCAUUUACCAUGCGUUACUGGUCAUAUUACCAUGUGAGACAGUCACUGCACACAUCUACCAUGCGUGACUGCACACAUCUACCAUGCGAGACUGCACACACCUACCAUGCGUGACAGUCACUGCCCACAUCUACCAUGCGUGACUUCACACAUCUACCAUGCGAGACUGCACACAUCUCCUACCAUGCGUGACUGCUAAGUUGAACCUUUUGCACCGUGGGUUCAAUAGUCGUUUAUUUAUCAUCAUUCUCAUCAUCAUCAUCAUUAAUAUUGGCGUCAGACUUGGGCCAUUUCCAAUUGAUUGAAAUAAGUACUUUAUUCAUUUUUAUUAGUGAACAUUCUUUUACUUUAUUUGUCUUCCAUGUGAUACAAAAGAUGUCCAUGUCAAAGAUGUUAUUUCCAUCAUUUGGUUUUCUUGGCUUUGUUGUUAAGCCUCUUUCCAGACCUGAGGGGCCGUAAUUAUAAUAAAAUAACUCUAAAGUCUGAAUAUAACGCCCUAAAAUAGAAGCUAACCCCCUCCCCAAAAUCCAUUAUAUUUUCUUAACUGUAGCAUGGGCCAUGUGCCACUUGUAAAUUUAUUUUUUGAUAUGAGAAAUUUAUUUAUUUAUGAAUAGAAUUGUACAGAACUAGCAGUCCAUGUGCUACCAAAUAUAUGUCGUAGGCAUACAUAAUUACAGAAUAGAACAAUGAAAUGAGAGUUCUACAGGGUGGCCCAGAAUUAUCUUCCCUCACACAAUGGAUACACAAUAGAAUCCUAUUGUGUGAGGGAAGAUUAUUCUCGGCCACCCUGAACCCUAGAACUUCACGUAGUGUUUGAGUUUGCCUGCAGGUGGCAUUGUGCUCUCCAUGACAAAAUGCAGGAAAAGAUCUCAUGAUCAUGUUUAUUGAUAAACGUGUAAAUGAUAACAUCUGCAGACGUCAUGUAUAUUAUUAGAUGGUGACAUGUUGUACAUAUUUGACAGUUGACUUGCGUGAUAAUCUGAUGAUGUUUGAGAGUUCUCAAGAUAGGGUGGUAGUUUGCCAGUGUGGAACACAAGGUAGUGUUGCCAGCAAUGUGUUGCUGGUUGGCCCUGUAGAAACCCUUUACAAAGUUCUAGAGCAAGGUAGGUUGGCUCUUCCACGGUAGGGUGCGCCGCCCUGACAAAAGGCCUUGUGGAGAACACCGUGUUGGUGCGUCCUUUGGAAUCUCAAUCCUUAGUUUGUUAUCCAAAAGAGCAUGUGCUGCUCAUUUCAAAUAAACAAUCCACAAAUGAGCGCAACUUAGGAGAAAAUUCUAUGAAAUCUUCUUCGGACUAUUCCGCCUCUUAGCAUUGCGUAUGAAAAUAUUGAGUAUAUAAUCCAAGAAGACAUUGAAGGAGAUUUUGAUUAGUUCUUUAUUACCUUCAAUUGCUUGAUUUCGUUUUUGUGAUUUGUUUUCAAUUUAUUUCUUGUGCUUGUUAUUUGUUUUGCAUUCUUUGACAUUAUUUCCGCGUUCUUUGACAUUUUUCCCUCGGCGAAUGGUGACGGGAGAGUAACUUACUCUAGAAUCCUUUAUUUUCAAAGCUUGUAGUUGGUGCUAAAAACUAUUUCGGGAGAUUCAUAAUUGGGCUUUUUAAGGGCUAGAAUCAAAAAUGCUUCUGAUUUGAAAAUAUUAUUUUGUGCACAGUUCCUGACUUUUCGUGUCCAAGAGACUUUCAUUAAAAGCCUGUUCAAUGCCUUUUGACUACAUUACCUAUUAAAAAAAAUCAUGGUGUCCCAUAAAACACAUUCCCUGCACUGUACUGAUACGUUAACAAGUUUUUCUGUUGAAUUGCACCAUUUUAGCUUGACCUUCUCCACUUUGCUAAGGUUCAAGGCUGUUCAUUACCAAUUUUAUGUAGUCAAUUCAAGAGUAUUAAAGGGAAUUUCGCACGGCCAAUGAUUUAGCCUACUUUUUACAUUUUCUCAGGGGGUGAAAAUGUCCCUCCUCAUUUCCUGGUUAAAAGUCUGGCGCAAAUCAGUAAUAGCUGGAUUCAGCCUGAUGAACAGGCUUGAAUCCUAAGACAUUCAGAGGCAAACCACCCAUCAUCGAAUACAUGCUAUGGGUGUUGGAUGUAGUGAUACCGUUUCUUGCCUUAAAGUUAGAGAAAGGUCAAAAUGUUCUAUAUAUGGUACAUGCAUCCAAGCAUCCAUGCAUCCAUGCAUCCUUGCAUUUUGCUGUACAUAAACUUCUGUUCCUCCUUGCAGGGCGUGGUCAUACUGCAUGAUUUCAUGCACUGUAGGGAUUGUAAAUUACCAAAGGAGUAACUUGUGAUAUUAGUAUAUAUGCAGCUCUUUAUGAAAAGCAUAUAUAAACCUUUUGGUAAUUCGUUUUUUUGUGUUGUCCAACUAAAUGGUAAGACCAGUGUGCACAACUGAACACCUUCAUCGCCGAACCACUUAGAUCUGGACUUCAUGAAAGAACUACGCCAUCGCCAUCUUCAGGGCAAAGUUGAAACUGAAAAGACAAGAAAGUCUCCAGUUGCUACCUUGCCCUGAAGAUGGCGAUGGCAUAGUUCUUUCAUGAAGUCAUUUAAAGUUCUGAACUACGCCAUGAAGUCCAUGAGACUCCGAUAACCAGCUCAAAGGGGAGGGGGAUUUGGGCCACGUACGUGGUUCGGCGCUGAAGGUGUUAAGUGUGACGCAUUUCACUGAGGUGUAUUUGACUACACAGCUGGUUGUCUGCUUUUGGUGAAGAGCUGCUGAUGUUAGAAUACAAACUUGUAACAUGGUUGUGUUUCAUGUGCAAACAAUGGUUUUCUUGUAAGGCAUGAGUUUUGUAAAUAAAUAGGCUAUGUAGGUGUAAUCAAAAACUCAUUGAGAUAAUAAAUAGCAAACUAUUUGUAAAACUA